AUGGCCGCCUCGGGUAGCCUUCAAAAGAGAAAGCACCUGGACCAACAGCCGCAGGUGAACCAUUCACAUGAGGUUAUAGUGCUCUCGGACGAUGAUGAUGAUCAUCCUGUCAUCUCAGAACCUCCUCAGAAAAGACAAAAGUCAGAAACACCAAAUACGAAUGGUCGGUCAACUGGUCAGCCGGCGCUGUCACGUGACCGAAGCCGCAAUGGAAACGGAUUGCCGUCACGUGCCUCAACACCUACCAAUGCACAGGCUCCCAUAGAACCAAAGCAAAAGAGGUCGCCAUGGCAGAAGAGGUCUCAAUACGCGUUGCAACGGCCUGACGACAGAGAAAGACAAUACCCGACCACGACUCGAAAUUCUACUUCCACAAAACAGGAAGAAAGUCCGCGACAACCAUUCAGAAGUGUUGCAGAGAAGCUUGCCACUAUCAAGAACGAAGUCGCUUCUAUAUCACGGUCAAGCGACAAGGUCCCUCUCAGCUUAUUCAAGCCACUUAAAGAAGCAACGCCUCUCCGAUUUAAAACCAUUUCAUCGAUCAAGCAACCCCCCAAAAAUGCAAUACCUCGGAAUCAAGCUCUUUCUGUUGACAUACCUUCGCGUCAGAAAGCUCCAGAGAGCACUCCAAAAGCUCAAAAUUCUAGCAGAUUUCUGCAGCCCAGGAUAGAGGUCAUUGUCCCAUCAUCACAGGAACUCCUACAAAAAUGGAGCGGCCCAGUACCCAAGGCUCAGUCUACUCUCAACCAAGAAAGACGGGCUAUGUUAAAAGAGCUCAAAAAGAGUCCAACUAUUGUUAAAGAACGACCUGAGGAGGCACGACGUUUAUUCGGCGUUACUUUCUCGAAUAACUUUGCACCAGAAUCCGACGAUGAACGCAUGAAAAUCGUGGCAUCUAAGAAAGCCAAAAAGGUCUCCAGAAAGACUAUUCAACUGCAAGGCGAUGAUUUAGCUAAAUCAUUCCAACACCUCGACCUUGGCAGACAAAUCACAAUUCAUCCAGCCCAAGCCGUCCGCGAGGUACUUACGAAUCGGUUUAACGAACAACUAUCGGCCCCUAUUACAUUUGCCAAUGACGUGAAUGAAAGACGCUUGCCGGGCAAAUUUCAAUUUGUCGAUCACUAUGUCAUCCGGGACGGUGUCAAACUUGCUCCAACAUCGCGAUCUGGCUGUCUUUGUGAAGAUUGUCGAAUUUCAACCUGCACAUGUUUCACUAAAGCCAUUGAGGAUAGAGAGGACAAGACAACACGUAUAGGUCAGAAUCGAACUUAUACUCGUCGUCCUGAUGGCCUGGUGGUUCUUUCAGAUGACUAUAUCGAGCAAGAACUCGAUAAGGCGGCCGACCAUUUCGAGAUAACUGAGUGCAACGAGUUUUGUCGAUGUGGCAACGAUUGCCUGAACCGUGUUGUCGGAAAGGGUCGCACAGUGCCGCUUGAAAUCUUCCAAACUGAAAAGUGUGGCUUUGGUGUGCGGUCGUCUCAAGAUAUCGUCAGAGGUCAAUUUAUCGACACCUAUCUCGGCGAGAUUCUCACCGAGGCUGAACUAUGUCAACGCGAGGACGCUGGAGAGGAGGGCGAACCAAGCUACAUCCACUCUCUCGACUGGUUCGACUACAACAGCGACAAAAAUUAUCAUGUCGAUGGCAAGAAUUUCGGUACGCCAAUGCGUUUUGUUAACCAUAGCUGCAACCCGAAUGCGCGGUCCUUUGUUGUGCAAAUGCACAAGGAUGACAAGAAGGUUUAUCACCUUGCAUUUUUUGCGAUCAGGAGUAUCCCUGCUGGCACCGAGAUACGAAUCGACUAUUCUGGCGGUGCGGACCAGGACGAGGAGUUGAAUGCUGAGCUCGCCGACGGUUUCACGCGUUGUUACUGUGGUGAGAAGAAUUGUCGGAAGCGCCUGUGGAGGCCUGGCGUCAAGACAAGGCGGAGAAGAAGAAAGGUGGACUGA